AUUGCUCCAGUCCCUGCUCUCAGGCCCUGGCUGGUGUUUGGGUUACACGCCGAGUGGGUUUGCCGAGAGGAUUGCUGUGUGAAUUGAAACAAACAGCUCUCCAGAAUUCGGGUUCCUCCACUCCUCGCUGCUCUGCUUGUGUGUGUGUGUGUGUGUUGUGUGGGGGGAGGGAAUGCAACAGCUCUGUUACAUGCAAGCCUCGGUGGGUUGCAGAGGGUGGCAGGGAAUUGUCCGGGGAAGUUCUUGCUUGUAAAACUUGCCCAGGGCUGGUGAACGCGGCGCGAUCGUGGGAACUGGUUGGCGUGUUCACUGAGGAUCAGAGCGGCUGAAAAGCUGCCCGGCUUAUGAGCCACGGCUGUGUCAAAAAACACAGGUGACUGGCCAUUCCGGGACGCGAUGUUUCUAGGAGCAGCAGCCCAAAGACGCGGUCGUCAGUGCUGUUACGAGAAGAAGUGUCCCAGCUCCAGGAGGAGGUUCACCUGCUCCGGCAAAUGAAGGAAAUGCUAACAAAAGAGCUGGAGGAGACGCAUGGCAGCAAGUCGACAGAGGUCCUCUCCGCUACUGAGCUGAAACUCCAACUGGCGCAGAAGGAGCAAGAGCUAGCGCGAGCCAAAGAAGCACUGCAGGCCAUGAAGGCAGAUCGAAAACGUUUGAAAGCAGAGAAGACAGACUUGGUCAGCCAAAUGCAACAGCUCUAUGCCACGCUGGAGAGCCGGGAAGAACAGCUACGUGACUUCAUCAGAAACUACGAGCAACACAGAAAAGAGAGUGAGGACGCAGUGAAAGCACUUGCAAAAGAAAAGGAUCUCCUGGAGCGAGAGAAGUGGGAGCUUCGCCGGCAAGCCAAAGAGGCAACGGACCACGCCAGCGCGCUCCGCUCCCAGCUGGACCUGAAAGACAACAGAAUGAAGGAACUGGAAGCUGAGCUAGCCAUGGCCAAGCAGUCCUUAGCCACGUUAACCAAGGAUGUCCCCAAGCGUCACUCCUUAGCCAUGCCGGGCGAGACGGUGUUGAAUGGGAAUCAGGAAUGGGUGAUGCAGGCGGAUCUCCCCCUCACAGCUGCUAUCCGGCAGAGCCAGCAGACGCUUUACCAUUCGCACCCCCAGCAUGCCGCAGACCGACAAGCUGUCAGAGUGAGUCCUUGCCAUUCGCGGCAGCCUUCCAUAAUCUCCGAUGCAUCAGCAGCAGAAGGUGAUCGGUCAUCGACGCCAAGUGACAUCAACUCGCCUCGGCAUCGGACGCAUUCCCUCUGCAAUGGGGAUAGUCCUGGACCGGUACAGAAGAACUUGCACAACCCAAUUGUACAGUCUCUAGAGGACCUCGAAGACCAAAAACGAAAAAAGAAGAAAGAGAAGAUGGGAUUUGGUUCCAUCUCCAGGGUAUUUGCCAGAGGAAAGCAGCGGAAAUCCCUAGACCCGGGCCUCUUUGAUGACUCCGACAGCCUUUCCAGCCCGACCCGCCUAAGCCUCAGCCUGUCAGAAGGGGAGGAACAGAUGGACCGGCUGCAGCAGGUGGAGCUGGUCCGCACCACGCCCAUGUCCCACUGGAAGGCAGGCACAGUGCAGGCAUGGCUGGAGGUGGUCAUGGCCAUGCCCAUGUAUGUCAAAGCCUGCGCUGAGAACAUCAAGAGCGGGAAGAUGUUGCUAAGUCUGAGCGAUGAAGAUUUGGCCACAGGGCUUGGCGUAUGUAGCUCCCUUCACCGCCGCAAACUAAGGCUGGCAAUAGAGGAUUACAGGGAUGCUGAAGCAGGCAAAUGCUUGUCUAAAGCCUCCGAACUGGACCACCACUGGGUGGCCAAGGCCUGGCUGAACGAUAUCGGGCUAUCCCAGUAUUCCCAGGCUUUCCAGAAUCACCUCGUGGAUGGAAGGAUGCUGAACUCGCUGAUGAAACGUGAUUUGGAGAAGUACCUUAAUGUGUCUAAAAAGUUCCAUCAGGUCAGCAUAUUGCUGGGGAUAGAGCUGCUUUUCCAAGUCAACUUCAGCAAAGAGGUUCUGCAAGAGAGGAGGGCUCGCUGCGAGACUCAGAACGUCGAUCCGCUUGUCUGGACAAAUCAACGGGUGCUCAAGUGGGUGCGGGACAUUGACCUGAAGGAGUACGCGGACAACUUGACGAACAGCGGCGUGCAUGGGGCUGUGCUAAUGCUGGAGCCCACGUUCAAUGCGGAAGCCAUGGCCACGGCUCUGGGCAUCCCGAGCGGCAAGCACAUCUUGAGGAGGCAUCUUGCAGAGGAGAUGAACGCCAUCGUUAACCCAGACAACCCUACAGGUGCGCCAGAGAAUGAGCGGUACGGAACGUCACCUCCCAUCAAACAGGGCUCACUGCGGUGCUCCUCCAGUGCUACCAGGCAGAGCAAGGAAGAGGGGACCAGCUUAAAAUGCAAAGCCAGCAGGCUCCCCCUGGGGAAAAUCGGAAGGGGAUUCAGCGGGAAAGACCCUGAUUUCCAUGACGACUACGGCUCUCUCAAAAACGAAGAGUGCUGUGAGGAGCUGAAGCUAAGCAGGCCCGAGCAGUGCCGCUUAGAACGCUUUGGUAGCCUGGAAGUCACCAAUGUGUAAUGAACUGGACUGUCCAGGCAAGACAGGACUUGCUGAAAUCGGCAGGAACAUUGACCCGGAAAGGGGAAGGAAUCCGGAAGAGAGAGACUGAAACACACACUUCUUUGGUUGUACAUAUUGUAGCCGUUGCUAGAGGAAACGUUCAAAUCUAACAUGUGGCAUGUCUUUGUCAAAAGUGUCUGCAUUGUGUUAACACUGGGGGACCCAGCUAAAUCCAGUAUCGAUCCCCUAUAGCAGAGGUGAGGUACCUAUAGCCCGGGGGUCAGAUUUGGCUCCCAGCAUGUUUGGAUCUGGCCCCCGGAGGCUCUGGGAUCCCCCCCUCCUGCAUUAGGGAGCCGGUGAUGGUGCUCUAGCCCUGCGGCCCUCUCCCAGCCAGACCCCACACCUCCCCUUCCACUCCUGCAUCCUACCACCUGCUCAGCCCCAUCAACCCCCAACUCAUGCCUGCACCUUCCUUCCUGCCCAGACCGCACAUCCAAAGCCCACUUCCCACAUCCCGGCUCCUUCCCACACACUUAACUCCUCAUUUUUGGCCCCACCCCAGCGUGUAGGGGGGGCCCCACAAAAUCUACCAGCCUGGGCCCCUCUAGGCACUGAUGUAUGAC